AUGAGGCUCCUCUUCGUGCUCUCGCUCUCUGGCCUCGCCAUUGCCAGCGCCGCCCACGAGAGAUACGCGGCUCUGCCAAUUAUACCAGAAGGCUUGACGCCGCGAUAUUCUUUCGAUAGAUCACAGCCGCUCUCAAAGCGCGACGAAAAUUGUGGUGACAACAGCCAUCCCUGCCUCGAUAUCGGCCACGGCGACAUCUGCUGCAAUAACGAUAGCUACUGCUUUUUAGACACAUCUUUCAAGCCAAAAUGCUGCGGCAUCGGCCUGACUUGCGCUCCCUCAAACCCUUGCGCUGCGUCUGCUGUACGCUGCACCGUCACAACCACCCUCACCUUGACCAGCACGUCUUCGCUCUCAAGGGCUCAGGGGAAAGAAACUACCAUAACGAGCAAAUCCACAUCCGUUAUUACAGGAUGCUGUGGGCGCUCCUGUCCUAGCACGAGCCAGUAUCUUUGCGCCAAAUCACUUGGCGGCAAUUGCUGCCCAUUUGGCACCAACUGUCAGGAAGACAAGAACUGCGUCUUUGUCAAGACACAGCCUCCGCCAGGCGUGGUUCCUGCUGUAACUGGAAGCUGUACGGCAAGCCAGUUUAGAUGCUCUGAUGGCAACGGAUGCUGCAACAACGGCGCAACGUGCACCUCGUUCAGCGGGUCGGCGUACUGCUCUACCGCUACCGGUGGUCCUACGAGCACCCUUGCCGCGGGCAGUGACGGCGGCUCAUCUUCUUCUGGAGGGCUCUCUGCCGGAGCCGAAGCGGGUAUCGCUGUCGGAAGCGUGGUUGGAGGUGGACUUGUUGUCGCGGCAGCCGUGUGGUAUUUCCUCAGAAGACGGAGAUCGACGGCACCGGUGAAUGGCGUAUACAACGUCGCUGAACUACAACCCGGAGACGUCAACAGAGAUGCCGGGGUGGCUCCGAGUGGUCCUACCAUGAGUACCGCGCCAGCAACGCCUCGAACCUGGCGACAGCGCUGGACAAUGGCGUCGUCGCUCACUCCUUCAGGGGCUGUAACCGACGCAGGAACGAUAAGGUCUCCGUCGUCGGCUCCAGAUCCGGUCGAGAUUGGCUCGGAAGGGCUGUCAGAAAUAGCCGGCUCGGAGGUUAUGACGCCCAAAUCCGAAAUGACCGGCUUUGCUUUGACAGGGCUUCGGACGCCGGAGACGAUAGACGGCCGGUUUGAAUUGGGUGGAACGGAAAUGCCCUGGCCGCAACCCUCGCCAGCCAGUCCCGAACCCAGUCCC